ACACGCUUAACACUCAACAACUUACAGUGUUACAGUGUUCGUUUUCAAUAAGCGAUUGGCUUUAUUAUUUGAAUUCAACUGAAAAUCCCAAAAUUUCGUGUGUAUGAUAAAUUUAAUCUCAUAAUAAAGAGUUUCCUUACAUCCCAUCAUCUAGAUUAUGGCUCUUCUGAUGAACGAUAUAGUACUUCCAAAGGAUGAUGAUAUUCCGGAUCUUCUUCUGUCAAAGCAUGCAAGUUUUUUGGCAGCUUACGGAACUAAUAAAGAUGAUUAUGAGUUCUGUAUGACAGAGUAUCUCAGAAUGAAUGGAAUCUAUUGGAGUUUGACUGCAAUGGAUUUAAUGGGCAAGCUAAGUGAGAUGGAUAGAGAUGGGAUUAUAGAAUUUAUAAAACAGUGCCAACAUGAUAAUGGAGGUGUAGGAGCAAGUAUUGAUCAUGAUCCUCACCUACUCUACACCUUGAGUGCUGUUCAGAUCUUAUGUCUGUAUGAUGCACUUGAUGCCAUUGAUUGUGAGAAAGUUACCAAAUAUGUUGUGAACUUGCAAAACAGUGAUGGAAGUUUCUGUGGUGACCAGUGGGGUGAGAUUGAUACAAGGUUCUCAAUGUGUGCUGUGGCUUGCUUGGCACUUUUGGGAAAGCUGGACGCUAUGAAUAUCGAUGACGCAGUAAAUUUUGUAAUUUCAUGCAUGAAUUUCGAUGGAGGCUUUGGAUGCAGGCCUGGAUCUGAAAGUCAUGCUGGUCAAGUAUAUUGCUGCGUUGGGAUGCUUUCGAUUACGGGUCACCUACACUUAAUUAAAGCCGACAGCCUGGGCUGGUGGUUGUGUGAGCGGCAAUUGCCCAGUGGCGGUUUGAAUGGCCGCCCCGAGAAAUUGCCCGACGUAUGCUACUCUUGGUGGGUAGUUGCUUCCCUGCGUAUUAUCGGCCGGUUGGAUUGGCUUGAUAAGAACCAACUAAGAAAAUUCAUUAUGGCUUGUCAGGAUGUCGAAACAGGCGGAUUCAGUGACCGUCCUAAUGAUAUGCCCGAUCCGUUUCACACCCUAUUCGGUUUAGCAGGUCUCUCUCUUCUCGGUGAAUCAAGUCUUAAAACCAUCAACCCUGUGUUUUGCAUGCCACAACUAAUUAUAUCUCGCCUAAAAGUUCUACCACAAACAUUGACAAUAUAGCAAGCCAUUAAAACAUUCUUGGUCAGAAGAACAGCUGAAUAAAAGGAAAUUUUUCAGAAA